AUGUGGCAGCUGCUGCGGGUCCACCACCACUGCCGCGCCACCGCCGUCACAGCCGCCACCACCGCCGCCGUCACGGCCGCCACGGCCGCCACGGCCGCCACGGCUGCCACCGCCGCCACCGCCCCUCAGGAUCCGGAGCAGGAGCAGGGCCAGGACCAAGAGCACGAGCGGGACCGGGGCCAGGAUCCGGAGCAGGACCAGGACCAGGACCAAGAGUAUGAGCGGGACCGGGACUGGGAUCUGAAGCAGGACCAGGACCAGGAGCAGAGUUUCUCCCUGUUCCACACAACGGCGGAAUGUUCCAGCCUGGGACGAGAGUUUAAGAAGCGAGGCUGCAGCAGGCGGAGCAGACCAAUCAGGAUGGAGUCGCUGCUGCUGCUGCUGCUGCUGCUGGUCACCUCGGCCUCGGCGUACUCCUCCGCCUACCGCUACUUUGGUGGGUCAGUGAGCAUCAGCCCCAAAGGACGGAACGCCGCCGGACGCUUUGAGGUGGAGUUUCGCUACAAGCAGGCCACGUUCUACUGCUACGUCAACCCCUACACCUGUAAGUAUGGAAGCUGUGGCAUUCGGGGUCAGACCGCCAUCACCACAAAGAUCGCCUGGGAGUCCUACGGCCUGAUCUGGUGCCUGCAGGAAACUGCCAUCAGGCUGCAGCUUGACACCAACCUCCCGUUUGGCAUCCGGUUCCCUGCUCAGAUCAGCUUCUCCAGAGGCAUCGGCUACUGGGUCUCCAGCGUCUUCGGCCAGCACGCCACCUGGAGGAUGCUGGCACACCUGGACCUGGGAUUACGGUCGGACACCCGGCGCUCCAACAGUCCGCCUGUUGCCGCCAUGCUGCCCAUCGUCAGAGUCACGAGGAACUGUCCUCGAAGAUUCAACCUGAACGUCUUCGACCGCGACGGCGACCGUGUCCGGUGCAGAGUCGCCAUGAACCGCCGCUCAGAUGAGUGUGGACUGUGUAAACUCCCCAGAGGCUUCGAGGUGGACGAGGACUCCUGCUCCGUUUCGUACAGCUUCGGCGGGACAACCGGGUAUCACCCCAUCGAGCUGGUCCUGGAGGACUUCCCCCAUAGCCUCGUCCACCUCUUCUACUCCACGGGACACUACACCGUCAAGCACCCGCUGCCCCUGACCAGGGACAGACGGCAACUCGUGUUCGAGUCCCCCUCAACCUCCAUGACUACACAACGUCCAACAACCUCCACGACUACACAACGUCCAACAACCUCCACGACUACACGUCCCACACAACGUCCAACAACCUCCACGACUACAGAACGUCCAACAACCUCCACGACUACACGUCCCACACAACGUCCAACAACCUCCACGACUACAGAACGUCCUACACAACGUCCAACAACCUCCACGACUAUACAACGUCCUACACAACGUCCAACAACCUCCAUUUUCUUUUUACCAACAUCACCUUCCACAGGUUCAAGCACCGCACCGUCCACUACAACCACAUUUCUCACAACUACAACCGCCACACCGACGCCGUUCACAAGGCCUAGUACCACCACCCCCUUUGACGGCACCAUCGUCACUCCUCUCCCAGAAGACCAGCAGUUCUUUUCGGUGUCGGCGAAUCACUUCCUACCCUCCAUCCAUCCUCUGAGCAGACUCCCUCUGCAGUUCUCCGUUCUGGUGGACUCUCACAACGCGCCGUCUUGUGUCGACGGGGACUACUUCCCCAUCUUCCUCUCUCCGACUCCGGCUCACGGCGCUCAUCUUCCAGCCAUCGUCGGCCGCACCUUGGAGUUCCACGUCCGGGCAACGGCUCAGUUCUCCACGAUCUACCGCCUCCUGCUGACGGGUCCAUCCGGCAUUCGCCAGCGUUCCACCUCCAGAGGUUCCAACGUGCUCACAUGGACUCCGACCGAGCACGAGCAGGACUGCCACUUCCCCGUCUGUUUCGUCUCUGAAGCGUACUUCAGAGGCCGGGUCUACCACUCCGAGCUUCGCUGCUUGGUGGUCGACGUGGUUCGCUUCAACACGGUGGUGACCUGCAGUCAGACUGGCAUCAAGGUGGAGGUGGAAAAGACGGACCUGAUCCGGAGCUUCGAGGACCGACUGCACCUGAGGGACGGACAGGGCGCUCAGUGCGAGCUGUCCAGGCACUCCAACAGCACUCACCUGGUGGCCGUCGUGCCGCUCAACUCCUGCGGGACGUAUGUGGAGGAGGACAAGGAGAAUAUCACCUUCAGGAACGAGAUCACGUCUGCUGACCCCAGACAAAUCAUCUCCAGGAAUACCAUCGUCGACAUCGCCUUUUGCUGCGUCUACCCAAGGAAAACCAACCUGACUCUGGGGUUCCGGCACAAGAACCCAUACGCCUUCAAAGAGAGCGGCUUCGGCAGUUUCACCUUCCAGUUCGAGUUCUUCCAGAGCCAGCUCUUCAGACGGCAGGUGGAGGGCAGCAGUUACCCGGUGGAGGUGUCCCUCAAGCAGAUGCUCUACAUGCAGAUCCAGGCCACCUCGUCCAUCCCCAACACGCAGCUGUUCGUGGAGUCCUGCAGGGCCACGCCCUACGACAACCCCGAGUCCGGUGUCAGCUACACCAUCAUGGAGGACGGGUGUGUGAGGGAUCCAACAGUGCAGGUCUACUCCGGACCUGGGUCCGUCUUCAGGUUCGGGAUGGAAGCUUUCGAGUUCAUCGGUGCUCACAAUGAGGUCUACAUCACCUGCUCGGUGCUCCUGUGCCAGAGCGGCGUGCCGAACACCCGCUGCUCUCAGGGAUGCAUCGAACCGGGAAGCAGUCGCAGCAGGAGGGAGACUCCAGCACAGACCAGCAGUCACUUCAUUUCCCAGGGUCCUUUGCACCUGAGGGCUUCAGACAGUGAGGUCUCUGGUCCCAGCGUGAACCUGGGCUUGAACCUCCUCUUCAUCGUGGGCUGCCUGCUGGUGUGUGGAGCCCUGGUCUACAGGUCCAGGAGGUCCAGAGCCAAGUACCAGCGUGUGCCCGCCUCCGAGUCCGACUGAGGACCGGCGCUCCAGGCUGCUGGAUUCAGCCACGACUGUUUCCUCCGGAAGAGAAAAGUUGAGCAGAAGAUAACUAGUGGAUCUUUGAUGAUGUUGAGGAAACAGUUAAAAUCUUUCAACCUAUCGCUGGUCUACUGCUUGUGGAGUUGCUGUAAAAACACAAUUUCAGAUAAAGCUCUUUUGUCGCUCCUCAGUAAUCUGAGCAGACGGUGGUGGACGAGAUGUGGUUGAAUAAAUUAAAUCUCCUCGGAGGCGCCGACGGGCCUUCUAGAACUUCAACAGGUUUCAGUCUAGUGGGAUCUGAAGGAUCUUGGUGCUGGUGUUGGUCUCCAACAAAUAAAAAAUGGACUGGUUGAAGAAUUUUCAACGGGAUAGUGCAGCCAUUCAUGGUGGAAGAAUGUCUCAGAUAAUUUCUGAUCAUGUCAACUAUCAGGGAACAAACAGUUCAAAGACGUUUGAGGAGAUUUUCAAAGUUUGUUUCUUUGCGGAUGAUGGUGUGGUGUUUCUUUUUUUACUCAGUUGCAUGUUUUUAAAACUUUCAUAUCUCAGCAAAUUUGAAGCAUGUCUGGUGUGUGAGCUCUGAGACUCUUUAGCAUGUAGCAUGUAGCAUGUAGCAUGUAGUAUGGCUCAGGGCAGUUGAGCUACUAAGAAGCAUCGUUGUAACUGCUGCUCUCAAAUGUCUCUGACGGUUCGGUUUCUGGUCAAACUGCUUCGUACUGGUAUCAGCUGGUAUCAGGUGCUUCACAAAUGUCUCACAUGUAGUUUAAAGUAAAUCAGAUGUGUAAUUUUAAAAACAAAUUCAUUUGUUAAAGGGGCAUUAAGGGGUUAAAGGGGCAUUAAGGAGUUUUUCAACUUUAAAAAUACUUAUUUUCCACCAUAAAUAUGUUGCACAUUUUUAGUGAUGUGUACAAUGUGCCCUGACAUAUUCAUUACAAGUACCUCUAACAGAGCUAAA